AUGUGUGGACUAUUUCAGUGAAUAUAUUGAAGCGAAGUGACUGAAUACGGCAAGCGCAAGUGCAGUAUCGAAAGCAACGUAAACACAUAGGAUUUUUGCAUUUUUACCCUAAUUUCUGCAUCAAUAUGGCCACGAUGUAUGGACAGCAAGAAAGUAUCUACAAUCUCAUACCUCAAGAGGAGGUCAAACAAGAAAAACAAGCCAGGUACACAUCUAAAUUUCGAGGAAAUGUGAAGGUAGAAGAGAAGACGAAGAAGACGUCCAGCAAGACGAUGGGACCGGCGAAAGUAGAACUCAAGAAACCCGAAGAAUUCCACAAGAAACACUCCAAGGAGCCACAGCUUCCUCCCAAGACUAAAUUCAGCUACCCUGACGAAGAAACAAAGAGACCAGCUGUCCCAAAGAGAGAUGAGAAACCACUCAUGGGUCUCAAAUCAAACAAGAACUUUGUCAACACUAAUGCAGUGGAGAACAUCAUGUCUGUACCCAAGAAACCAGCUGCUAACUUUGUGGAUACAGUGAACGGUGCCACACACCCCCUCACGCCGUCUGGUCUCAUGCCCAAAUAUGUCAAGAAAAAGGGUUAUGGUGAGGUCCCUACCUACCUUCAGCAGCGUAAUGAGGAAGUCCAGAGAGCUCAGGAGGAGUACGAUGAAUACAUCAAGGAGCAUUACAGAAGAGGAGCUAUGAAGUGCCUUACUGAAGAAGAACGUAAAGCAAUCAUGGAUGGACUCAAGAAGAACUGGGAGGAGAUUCAUCAUCAAUACCAAGGUCUCUCCGUCGUCACGGAUACCGCUCCCAAGAAGGCCCGUAAGGAGAGGAUGGAGGCCGAGAUGAAGCAGCUGGAGCGAGAUAUUGAGCUCCUGGAGAAGCACAAAGUGAUCUACAUCUCAAACCAUUGAAGCAAUGAUGCUAACUACUGAACUCAUCCGGAUUAUAAUGUCUGAGAAACAUGAGCAGAUCCACUUAAUGGAUGGAACAUUGAGCAGGGAUCAUUCGUCUACUUUGAAGUAUCAAUGUGAUCAUUUCUAACUCAUUGAAUCAUUUUCACAUAUAUGGUUACAUGGCAGCAGAGCAUUGAUCAUUGUUAAGCAGAUAGUUGUCAACUUGUGCUUUAAUUAAGCAAAAUAAAGUAGCACAGUCUUUUGUCCAUACUACAAACAAAAAAAUAUAUAAAGAGAGCCAUAUUUUUAGCGAACACAAAGUUGGUAUUUUAUCUUUUGCUGUAGCUGCAAGGAUUUUUUUAUUAGUAAUUCUUCCCCCCCCCCCCCCCCCUCAGUUAUACUUGUACACUAUUGUAAAGUGCUCAUUUGGAAAAAAUUGUAACCCAUGUCAAACGGUACGCUAAUUUUUAAAUGUAUAAAAUUACAGUGAUAUCGUCUUGCAAUGUAUAUACCAUGUGUAAAUAUUCAAUAAAUUUAUCUAUGGAAUUCAAA